UUUUUUUUUAUUAUUAUUAUUAUUAUUUUUUUUUUGAUUUGGAAACAUUUACAAACUGACCGUGUUCAACAUGCGAGAGUUUGAUGGAGUUGGAAGCGCGUUCGUGGCGCGCCGUGAACCUAGCGUCACCGCUCACAGGAUUUACCUGCCCUUCAUCUUACUGCUGCUCAUGUUUACUCCUAGCGUGGACUCGUCUUGGUGGUACAUUGGUGCGUUAGGUGCACGGGUCAUAUGUGACAACAUUCCAGGGCUGGUGAACAAGCAGAGGCAACUCUGCCAAAGACACCCAGAUCUCAUGCAAUCCAUCGGAGAGGGAGCCAAAGAGUGGAUCCGAGAAUGCCAGCACCAGUUCCGACACCAUCGCUGGAACUGCAGCACGCUGGAGAGAGACCAUACUGUGUUCGGCCGUGUCAUGUUACGCAGUAGCCGUGAAGCAGCAUUCGUUUAUGCAAUAUCCUCUGCAGGUGUGGUUUAUGCCAUCACCAGAGCAUGCAGUCAAGGAGAGCUGAAGAUUUGCAGUUGUGACACCCACAAGAGAGGCCGGGCGAGAGAUAAAGAAGGAGACUUUGACUGGGGCGGCUGUAGCGACAAUAUAAAUUAUGGUAUCAAGUUUGCCAAAGCUUUUGUGGAUGCCAGAGAGAGGAUGGUCAAAGAUGCCAGAGCACUGAUGAAUCUGCACAACAACCGCUGUGGGAGAAUGGCAGUAAAGCGUUUCAUAAAGACUGAAUGCAAGUGUCAUGGAGUCAGUGGGUCAUGUGCUCUCAGGACAUGCUGGCUGGCUAUGUCUGAUUUCCGGCAAACGGGGGACUACUUAAGAAAGAAGUACAAUACUGCUGUUGAGGUCACAAUGAACCAGGAUGGAUCAGGCUUCAUGGUUGCAGACCGAGAUUACAGGAAAACGACCAAAAAUGAUCUAGUAUACAUUGAGAACUCUCCAGACUAUUGUCUAAUGGACCGAUCAGCAGGUUCUCUGGGAACAGCAGGGCGGGUGUGUAACAAGUCUUCCAGAGGCAUGGACGGCUGCGAGGUCAUGUGCUGCGGCCGAGGGUACGACACCACACGUGUAAAACGUGUGAGCAAAUGCGAGUGCAAGUUUAAAUGGUGCUGCGCUGUGGAGUGUAGCGACUGUGAGGAAACUGUGGACGUUCACACCUGUAAACCACAUAAGAAACCCGACUGGCUCGAUUUGACCUGACUACCAUGACCAUGACCAAUCAGCAGCUACUGUUGCUUUUCUGUUCUCAGGUUUUUGAAGUGGAACACUGCAUUGUAGAAUGUGUAAUUUAUGACUAUAACACUAUGAUCUCCACUUGCAGAACCCUGAACUUUAUCCGCCUUCAAUGAUGCAAGCGCAGAGAUCACAGGCCAGUCUGGAGCACUGGUAGAUGCUUGGUGUCAUGGGAAAUCAUACAAUGGGUAUUGUCUGGUGUUUAAUAGAAUGAACUGUGACUAGGACACAAUCCUUUCACUAUUUUCAAACUGUAAAACAUGUUACUGAUAAUAUGUGUGCCUUAACAUGGAAUUAUGUUUUUGGACAGCUUUGAUAAAUGUGUGGAGUUUUAGGGAAAGAACAAUAUACAGCAUCAGUUUAAGAUUCUCAAAGAACAUAGCAAUAAAUUUCUUUUCACGCCAAGAACAAUUCCACUUCAUGGUCCAAAAUAAUACUUUGAAGGGUGCUGUAAAAAUGUUAAACAGUGAUAAAUGUGUUUCCCUUCAUUUACUUCACAGAGCAUAAUUUUAAUACAUGACUUCUGCAUGAAAGAAUUAGAAAAAUGUUACAUUUAUGGUGACAUCCCAUUGUCACUGCAGAGAAACGUAUCUUUAAUGUUAUCUUUUAAUGCCUAAGCACUUAAACACCCCUUCAAAUAUGAGCACUUUUUUUUGGUUUGGUAGAGUUUGGUUGCGUUAAAUUGUCUAUGAUCAAAUUAAUAUUUUUCCUGAUGGAUUUCUUAUUGAAAUGUGUUGUCUGUCUAAUAAAGCAGCAACUAAACAAGAUAUCUUCAAAAUAAAUUUAAAG